AUACGCGGUCACACUCUUCUUCAGCUGCACACGUGCUAGUACUGCGCUUUGUUUUUCGCAAAUUUGUUUUAAUUUGUGAAAAUGCGCAUCGAAACGUGUUACUUUUGCUCCAGCAAAAUAUAUCCCGGCCAUGGGGUAGAUUUCGUACGAAAUGAUUGCAAGAUCUUCAAGUUCUGUCGUGGAAAAUGCCACAAGGCCUUCAAGCGCAAGAAGAACCCACGCAAGGUAGGCUGGACUAAGGCACAUCGCAAGACAGCUGGCAAGGAACUGGCCAUCGAUCCCAGUUUUGAGUUCGAGAAGCGUCGCAAUGUGCCCGUCAAAUACAGCCGCGAGACCUGGCAGAAGGCCCUGGAAGCCAUCAAGAAGGUUACCGAGAUCAAGCAGCGUCGCCAGGAUCACUUUGUCAUGGAGCGUCUGCGCAAGGGCCGUGAGAUUGAGAUCCAGAUGGAUGUCAAGAAUGUGCAACGUAACAUGUCACUGAUUCGUUCGCCCGCCGCCGGCCUCAAGGAGCGCCGUGCCAAGGAAGAGGCCGAGGAGGCGGCUCUCAUGGACGAGGACGAUCUGCCCGAAGAGAAGAUCACCUAUGUGGACGCGCGCGAGUUGGAGAAGCGUCUCGAGGAGGGAAUGGGCAUAGACGAUUUGGAAAUGUUAGAAGCCUAAGGACUUGUACACUGAUUUAGAUUUAAGCUGCUAACGAGAAUAUAGUUAACGAAAACCCCGUGGCACAUAAA